AUGGGUCGCACGAAAAGCGAUGAUGGUGAUUCUACGCGAAGCACAUCGACCAUCGCCGAAUCUUUCAAAGCGAUUCGUUUGAUAGCCAGUGGAGAGGAAGGCAACGAGCCCAGCGGAUCCGAUGGUGGAGAUGAGCAAGUUGAAGACUGGAGCGAGGUUGGCGAGCAAGAAGAACGCGCUGAUAAGCAUGAUUGUCAAGAAGAGAGUGUUGGUGUAGAAGAUCGACAAGUAGGUCGAUUCGCUGUCGGCGACCUCGUUCUUGCGGAUAAGAGCACGGUUCUCUCUGUCCUUGAUAGUCAACUUCUUAUCGUUUCCGAAUCUCUCAUUGAUCUCACGCUCGACGGCUGGUCCACGCUUCAUCACGAUUCUGAAAUCAAGAAUUGA